CAGCGGGUCAGCCUGCAGAGCUCUUCCGGAGGCGGAUAAUCCCUAUCUCUGCGCGAAGUCCUCGUACAGUCAGGAAGGGAUCGCUGUAGCUCCCCUCGAGAGGAACACGUUUUGGGAUCAAAUGCAAGUUACGACGGGGGAAGCGCAGCUUUGAGGACAGCUUGGACGUGUAGAGAAAUGUCUGUGCACCUCUCCCUCUGGCUUUAUUGUGUAAACAACCAAAUCUGACACCGAUAAGCGGAUUCUCUAUAAUGUGACAGCUGCUGUCGCCUCUCAUCUAUUUCGGGAGAAACUACGGGCAGUAUCCCGCUUGCGUUUUUAUUAUUUCAGGACAAUGGUGGCACAUAACCUGGCCUUAACCUUUAUUGCCGCGGCUCUUUGGGGGGUCAGCGGCGAACUACUGCUCACUCCUUCAUCUGCGACGCACUUAAAUUCAACAUCAUCAUCAUCAUCCGUCAUCAGUCAAGAUUCACUGACUAACAAUGCCACGGAUGCUGCCGUGGGAUCCCGGAUUUCAUCUCUAAUGACGUAUCUUCCGACCCUGAAAAACAUUGUUAUUUUCAUCUGCGUGUUAACAGCUGCUCUCAUCACGUGCCUGGUCAUCAAAGUGGUCAGAUCUGGCAGAAGAAUCAGGAAGACUCGGAAGUAUGAUAUUAUCACUACACCUGCAGAGCGUGUCGAGAUGGCGCCUCUCAAUGAAGAAAACGAUGAUGAGGAUGACUCAACCCUUUUCGAUGUCAAAUACAGGUGAAUACCGGCGUGGACGUCAGCAUGUUUGAGCUGAUGACUCCCACUUGGCCCGGGACAAGUACAAGUGAUUUCCUGUACUUUUUUUUUUUUUUUUUUUUUUUGGGUGUGUGUAUGUGUGUGUGCGCGUUUCCAAGUCUUACCAUAUCAGCAACUUAAUGCUGUCUGUGCAUGGCUUGUAUCUGUGGUUAAAUAGUGUUUUGACAUCACUGUUCGCUGCUUUGCUAAAGCUUUUAUCACGUGAGCCAAAUAAUCUCCCAGGUUAUUUCUAAUGUUAGAGAUAAGGAGGCUCCAAAAGUCUUUCAGGAAUCCUCGGUCUGGAGUUGAGUCGUUUCCAAAUCACUUUAUCACUCAGAAGUGAUGUUUUCUUUUUUAUAUAUAUAUAUAAAAGAUAAAAGAUAUAUAUGAGUUUAUAAUCAGCGAAUGUCUGCUUUGAAGCCAUGUCUGUAAUCCAGGGUUAAUCACACUUUAAAUAACUAAAUAAAUACAUGGUGGUCACUACAGAUCAUCGCCUAAUGUGUAAAAUAUUCAUUUACCAAGAGUACUUUCUUCAACUGUAAAAUUUAAUUGAUAUUUUUUUAACCAAAACCAAAUAUUACCUAUAUGUACUAACCACUUUGUUGUGCGUAUAUACUGUUAAAGGCUUUCCGGUCAGGAAUGAG